AUGCACCGCAGACGAUUACAGCAGAAGGUCGCCCUGCACCCGGCGCCGUCGCAGUGCCUGGACGACAAUGGCUUCGCAAAUGCAGAUAUGGACCCUGUUCCCUUCAGACAUCGCACCUGGUCGUGGUAUGACGUCGGGGGUUUCUGGGUCUCGGAGGGUUUCCAGAUCCCCAUCCUGCAGACGGCCGGCUCCCUUGUUGCCAAUGGACUCGGCCCCGGAAUGGCGAUGGGAGCGGUUGUGGUGGGCAAUGUCCUGGCCAUGAUCCCCUGCGCUCUCACCGGGUAUGCCGGUGCUGCGACUGGGCUGAAUUACCCCGUUUUGAACCGGUCGAGUUGGGGGUUACAGGGGGCGAAGCUGGCGGUUGCGAUUCGAGCGGUUGUCGCUGUCUUCUGGUAUGGUAUCCAGAUAUCUACAGGGGGGUCGUGCGUGUACAGGAUGCUGGCUGCCAUCUGGCCCUCGCUGCCCUCAAGAAUCCCGAACCGUCUCCCGGCUUCAUCAAACACCACGUCGGCGGACCUCCUCUGUUUCUUUAUUUUCUGGAUUCUGACCCUGCCGUUUCUCUACGUCCCUGUCUCUCGGUUACGGUGGCUUUUCAGGGCGAAAGUCCUGAUCAUGCCUCUGGGCGGCCUGGCUUUAUUCAUCUGGAGUGUAGUCGUGGGCCGGGGGUUCGGACCCGUGUUCCAUCAAAACACCAAAAUCACCACGGGGUAUUCCGUGGGAUAUGUCUUCUUCUCCUCUGUGAACUCGGUCAUUGGGCCCGAAGCCACGUUUGCCGUGAACAUGAGCGAUUUUUGCCGCUACUCGAAGAACCCCCGACACACUCUCUGGGCCCAGGCUAUCCUGAUGCCGGUCUGUUUGACGCUCACGGCUUUCUUAGGGGUGACGAUGUCUUCCGCGUCGGUAGUGAUCUACGACCUCCAAAAGCCCGAGUGGAAUCCGCUGAAUAUCGUGGGCAUGUUCCACAGCCGGGCAGCGCAAUUCUUGCAAUAA